AAAAGUCGAAGUCGGUGGGAAAGACAAGAAGGUGGGGAAGAAACCUCCCCGCCGAGGAGGGGAAAUAGUUCAGUCCCCAAGAUGGCGGCCACCAUGAAGAAAGCGGCAGCUGAAGAUGUCAAUGUUACCUUUGAAGAUCAACAGAAAAUCAACAAGUUUGCAAGAAACACCAGUAGAAUAACAGAAUUGAAAGAAGAAAUAGAGGAUAAAAAGAAACAGCUUCAGAACUUGCAAGAUGCAUGUGAUGACAUCAUGAUGCUUGAUGACGACUCGCUAUUCAUACCUUACCAAAUUGGAGACGUCUUCAUUAGCCACUCCCAAGAUGAGACACAAGAGAUGUUGGAGGAAGCAAAACAAAAUUUGCAGGAAGAAAUUGGAGCUUUGGAGUCUCGAGUAGAAUCGAUCCAGAGAGUAUUAUCAGACCUUAAAGUCCAGCUUUAUGCAAAGUUUGGCAACAAUAUAAAUCUCGAGGCAGAUGACAAUUAAAUACCAUAGAAAUAGCAUUUUGGUUUUCUCCCUUCUUAACCCUUAUGUAUUUUUUAUACAUUCAGUUUUCUGCUUCAUGUAUUUAACAAAAUAAUUAUUUUGCACACCUGUGAUUAUUUAUAUGUUUUAAGUAAGAAGAUUCACAUUCAUCUGGUGCAUAAUCAAAUGGGGAGUGUAUAAAGGUUUGCAGAAAUAAUAGUAAAAAUCAAACAAACA